ACGUAGACCUGCCGCAUGUGCCAAGUCAUCGUCACCGGCAGCUUUGCACUUUCUUGCCAGCCGCCACGAACCUGUGACGAUUAUUGGUCCGAAUGGAAACACUGCAAGGGCAUCCAAAACCUCUUCCAUCACUACUACACGUUCGGAGAGGCGCCUUCCUGCGCUCAGUGGAAAACGGACUACAAGGACUGCAGAGAGUGGGAGAAAAACAAGAGUGCACACGCUAAGGAAUCUCUCUGUAAGAGUGAAAGAGCCCGGAUUCUGGAGAAACAGAAACAUGCUCCUGUGUGGAAGCUGAGAAAAGACCCGCCAGCUGAUUGGUACCUUCCACUUCAUGAAAACAAACCAGAGUAGUAAUAGUAAUAGCCGUGUUUGGCCCUUUCAUAACGGAAGACGAGAAAGGUUCACGCAGUCUUUUCCACUGAGAGAUGCAGAAGCUACAAAACUCUAGCAUCUGAUCAAGUCACGUCAGCUUAUUUUUGUUCCCAUUGGCCAACCGCUUGACUAGUACCCAGUUUGGAGUACAUUUAAUGUUUUUUAACACGUCUUCCUGAGAUGUAUUUAAGGGUACAGUCAGGGUGGCAAACACCAAAGAUGCAGUAGAUCUGCAUUUUGCUCUGGUGAAAUUUUUCUUAGGUGGUGUUGUGUUUUUUGUAAACGAGUUUGCUGAAAUAUUAAAAGCAACCAUAAAAAUAAAAUUGUAAAUGGCAUCCACA